AACGGUUUCGGAAUUUCGAUCAAAAGUGGAGAUUUCUGUUUCUCGCUUUUAUCGAGAUCACCUCUUAUUAAUGGAAUCGCAUAAUUCAAACGCAAGCCUUUCCCUUGGCCAUUAAAAUGCAUUUCUUUUCACAGGAGAAAGUAGCGUAGAAUGGAAAAGUGACAAACCAACAAAAGAAAUCCAGCUAGUCUUCACUCUUAACUUAUACAGAAACCACCACUGACCAGUCUGAACCCAGUUGCAAAACGCCUACUGCUUCCUCUUCCUUCCUCUCAUGAUUUAGAGAUUUAAAUCUCUUUUUUUGACGGUUCUUAAUAAUAUUGCUAGGCUGCUUGGAUUGGAGAGGGUCAUGGGAAAAUCUGGAUUUUACCCUUUUUGCUUAGCCCUCUUCGUUACUAAUCUUCUCCUGUUUCAAGCCGGAGCUGCUCCUACAGUGAACUUAAUAAAACAUUUAUCAUCUUUUCUCAAAUGGACGAGGUCAUCCCAGAAAACACCUCAAACAGAUGGGAACGUUGUCCAGUUUGAGAAUGGUUACUUGGUUGAGACUGUCGUGGAAGGGAGAGAGCUUGGGGUAUCGCCACAUUCCAUCCGUGUCUCCCAGGAUGGUGAACUCUUUGCAGUUGAUGCUGUCAAUAGCAAUAUUGUUCGGAUAACUCCACCGUUGUCUCAGUAUAGCAGGGCUAGAUUGGUUGCUGGGUCAUUUGAGGGUUACUCAGGGCAUGUAGAUGGGAAACCAAGCGAUGCUCGUUUUAAUCAUCCAAAAGGUGUUACAAUGGACGAUAAAGGGAACGUGUAUGUUGCAGAUACCUCUAAUCUUGCCAUCAGGAAGAUCGGAGAAUCAGGUGUGACAACUAUUGCAGGAGGGAAGUCAAGUAUUGCAGGGUACAGAGAUGGGCCCAGUGAGGAUGCAAAAUUCUCAAAUGAUUUUGAUGUGGUGUAUCUGCGGCCUACUUGUUCCUUGUUAGUUGUUGAUAGAGGAAAUGCUGCUCUUCGGCAAAUUUCUCUCAACCAAGAGGAUUGUGAUUACCAGAAUGACUCAAUUACCGCUUUAGAUAUUGUCAUGGUUAUUGGUGCUGUAUUGGUUGGAUAUACAUUGUGUAUGAUUCAGCAAGGAUUUGGACCUUCUAUUUUCUCAAGGGUGCAACAAACCUCAGAGAGUAAGAUGCAAGAUCAAUCAACAAAGGAGAAACCUACUCCAGUUGCAGAGAGUCUAAAAGAAGAACCUGAUGCUGGAUGGCCAUCUUUUGGGAGACUUCUCAUUGAUUUAUCCAAACUUGCAGUUGAAGCCCUGGGAAGUAUCUUCCUUUACUUCAUCCCUGCCAGUCUCUGGCCAGGGAGGUCGAAGAAAGAUCUUACUCCACUUAGAGACUCUCUAGUGAUGCCUGAAGAUAAAGCUGAUUCUCCAGUGGUGCAGAAGCAGAAAAGCACUACCCCCGUCUCUGAAAUACGACAGAUCCCUACUCCAAAUGUGGGUACGGAGCAGAAACUUCAAAAAAGUAAAUCAGCCAGUUUAAGGGAUCCUUCACUAAGCAAGCAUCGAUCAUCAAAGCGACAGGAGUAUGCACAAUUCUAUGGCUCAACAGAAACUUCUACGUUUGGCCAGUUAAGUUCCAAGAGUCAGAAAGAACAAAUCAGACAUCGCCACCGUGAUAGAAGUGGGGAGGUAGUUUUUGGAGCUGUUGGGCCAGAUCCAAAACCUGUUGAGAUGAAACCGGUAGACUAUGACGAUCCAAAAUUUGAUCAUUUCAACUUCAGGAGCAAGUAUGGAUCUGAUAAUUCGUUCCAUUUCUAAAUAGGAUGCACUUUACAGAACAAUUCCUUUGGGUGUUGUACCAAUUCUAAAGUUCAAAUUUUUGUAGUCUCAUUUAAUCUCGUUUUUUAUUCUGAGUUUGCAUGUAGAUUUUAAAUUUUUAAUAGUUGGAAGCAAGAAUUGGUUGCAAA